CUAUGACCGAUACAACAGAAAGCAUGACUUCAGAAAGUCAGUCGUCGGAGAAUCUUCGACAGUAUCUGACUGAUAAUGGAGAUGGCCACCAGAUUCUGUCGAUUCCCGAGGGCACCUAUAAAGGCUCGAUCCCGCAGAUUUUGUAUACGUUUGAGCUCGAUGAGCUACGUUUGCCUUUCUUAAAGCUGGUUUCGUUUCCCGAUGUCGGGACUGAGCUCGGUACACUGACCAAAAUGAAACUGUUUGAAGCAGCUGGAAAUUACCUACACAGGCUGCCUUUAUCCUUUGCCAAGUGCACACAACUGGCUUACCUAAAUCUAGAAUUUAACCACUUCACUGCCAUUCCUGCAUCCAUUUUUGAGCUGGUUAAUUUAGAAGUUUUACUGCUUGGGGAUAAUGAAAUCGAGGAGUUACCCUCGGAGAUAGGUAAUCUCGUGAAUCUUCGAGUCCUCCAUCUCGGUGGAAAUUGCCUUACGGAUAUCCCUGAUGAACUUGCGCAGUGUAAGAAAAUACACCGUUUAAAUCUGUGUGGAAAAUUGUAUCCGCAAGCUGGACUGCAGACUGUUCCAAAGGGUGUGUGCGGCCAGGGCGAACUUAUUGACUUGGAUCUAAGCUGGCAGUCAAUACAGAAAAUUCCCGACGGAUUCGGCUCUUUACGCAAGCUCGAGAGUCUGAAUCUGAAAGGAAAUCAUUUGGUCUGUGUAUCGGUGUUCAGUCAGUACUGCAAGAAACUCGAAACCAUGAACCUAACCGGAGCUCUCCGACACUUCUCCAUGGUUCCAGAAGCCAUUUUCAUGUUGGAGGGUCUGAAGAAUUUGAAUCUGACGGGAAAUCUUUUCACGGAAAUUCCGUCGGAAGUUUGUGGGUUAAAAAAGUUGAAGAAACUUUCCAUCCGGCGAAACAAGUUACUCAUUCUCCCAGAAGAACUUUUUAGUCUCGAGCAUUUGGUGUAUUUGGAAUUAGACGAGAAUUGCCUGGAGACGAUUCCCGAUGGAAUAUCCAAGCUGAAAAAUUUAACGUAUCUCAACUUGGCGCAGAAUCAGAUGUCAUCCAUUCACGAAGACAUCUGUAACUGUCGCAGCUUGCAGAACCUACAGCUCAGUUUCAACAAACUUGACAGCAUCCCCGAAAAAAUCUGUCAGCUCGGUAACUUGCGUUAUUUAUCACUCGACAACAACAAACUCACGGAAAUCCCGUUACUCAUGGACCGGCUGGAACAUUUACGAGAAACCGGUGGACUCUAUCUGUACAACAACAGUCUGAAAAAACCACCACAAGCUAUCUGUAAUCAAGGAGUUAUCCCCCUUUUCCUAUUCUUAAAGGAGAUGAGAAUCAGUGCGGCGAAGCAUCGACGGAAGAUAAUUUUGAUUGGAGCGGUAAGGGCGGGAAAGACGAGCUUGAGGAACGCCCUGUUUGGACAUUCACAGCUGACGGCGGAGCAUGAACGAACAUGGGUGCUAGAGCGCCAUCUGUGGGAGCCGGAGUCUGAUCUGAGGGUUCAGAUUCUUGAUUUUGGCGGACAUCAUACUUACUCGGCUGCUCACCAGAUGUUCCUGACGCCUGAAGCUCUACACCUUCUGGUGUUUGACUAUACAAAGUACAACAGGGACAACUAUGACCUGCUCAUUGGCGAUUGGCUGGAUGCCAUUAUUCACUGUGCUCCAGGUGCGACUAUCAUGGCUGUGGGCACGCACGCCGAUCUCUGCAGCAAGGAAGACAUCAACGACAAAACGGACGACAUAAUCCGCAAGAUGCACCACGAGGAGAACACAAAGCUCACAAAGUUGAAACAGGAGAUCGCGAAGAUCCAGACAUUCGACCAGCCCGAGGCACGGGAGAGUAGCGGCAAGAUCCGCGACACAAAGAUGGAGAGGCUGCAGGAGAAGAUGACUCACAUGCAGAAGAUGCUGAACACGCGUUCGCUGAUGCCGCAGACCGUCUAUGCCGUCAGCUGCGCAGACGAUUUGACAGGCAUUGAAGAGUUCCAAGAAGGUCUCAUCUCAAGGCUGAAAGAGAGCGAAGAGAAAUCACUGCCCAAUUCAUGGCACAAAUUCAUCUCUGAGAUCCAAAACUAUCCGGAAAAGAUUCUGCCCUGGGACAAAGCCCUUGACAUUUUCACCAACAUGUCCAACAUGAACCAGUCAAUGAUCAGUCUGGGUGGCUCGCCGGAACUCAGCCUGGAAAUGGUUCUCAAAUACCUCCACUCCACGGGGGAGAUCGUCUGGUUCCCCGACAACAACAAACUGAAGAACAUUGUCUUUCACCACCCAGAGACUCUCAUAGAGAUGCUGCGAACCGUCUUCCGGCAUGAUUUUGAAGAAGUCGUGAACUUUGUCGAAGAGCACGGUUCCCAAGCGGAUCUCUCUAGUGCACGAUUUGAUAUCCUGAAGCAGGACUUCAUUAAGAAAGGAUUGAUGGCGUACGAGCUGUUGAAAUAUACAUUGAUUCAUUUCGAGCUGUCGACCGACACGCUUUACACGUUCAUUUCCUUGAUGCUGAAAUUUGACCUGUGUUACGAAGUCCAAGAAUCGUCUUCCAAUCCAUCGCUGGUCAGUUCGCCCUGUGUGCUGCUGUUUCCUUGGUUUUUUCCCGAAGAAGUUCCCGAAAGCCUGAAAACAAAAUGGCCGUCACGGACUCCACCCAACACCUUCGAACUAAGAUACUGUUUAAAAUUUCCCAACAAAGGUCCACCAAACUUUUUCGAAAAAAUUUCCGUCAAGCUGCAGAACCACGUUUCUGAUAGGAUUAACUGGAAGUCGGGCGUCCUUGCUCGUAAAAACCUCUCCCAGAUGUUGAUUCAGAGGACGCAGGAUGAAAAUGGGGUCUUGAUAGCGGUUUCAGUACGCGGUGCGGACCUUCCCGAAUUAUGGGGGUUGAUCAUGGCGACGCGGAACAAUUUUAUAUCGCUGUUGCAAGAGUGGCCGUUUAUUUGCUACAAGCUGAACCUUCUGUGUACUCACUGCAUUCUGCAGGGAUACGAAGACCCAUACCAGUUUGAAGGUGAGGUUCUGCAGACGACCAUGCCCAGAGCCACCUACUGGGCAAACUGGUGCCGCAAUUACGAAGACGAUCUCAUACCAGCCUGCUUCGUGUAUCGCCUUGAUCCAGAUUACCAGGAUGAUAUUUCCAGACAUAUACAAGCAGCUACCGAGUUCCUGAAGAAAUCCAUGGAUGCGGUCGAUGGGCCACUAAGCCUCCUUUCUGACACUGGGCUGAUGUUUGUCGCGUCACAGGUCGGUUUUGAGUGGACGCAGAUCUCGUUCCGUCUCGGACUCACUCAGGCCCAGAUUGAGCAGAUUCAGAUGAGUCACCCCAUGCAAGCCUUCCAUCAGAUCACGACGGCACUAACCACGUGGCGAGAUGCGCGGGAUGUGUCCGAUGACGAGAAGAUAUCACAGCUACUCACCGUGUUGGAGAGCGAAGAGAUUGGCAAAAACGAACUGGCAGAUUUACUGCGCGAACGCUAUGAUUUGUGAACUUUUCAGCAGUGAAAAUGAACUGGCAGAUUUACUGCGCGAACGCUAUGAUUUGUGAACUUUUCAGCAGUAAAAAU